AUGAAGGAUGUGCGUGCUAAAAUUCUGGAAAAUAUUAAAUUGUGUCACCAAGGCAACACAUCAGUGAGCGGGGGUGGAUACCUAAGAGUUGGUCCCCCGUGGCAACUGCAACCAACAGAGUGGCCUUGUGAUCAACAAUAUUGAGGAUGACAAUGAAUACCUGUGCAACACCGUCCUGGAGAGUUUCUCGAUGGUGGUCGGUAUCAGUCCUAUCAUCAAAGCCCCCCUCCGGACGUUCCAGAACACGCUUCUCACUGCCAUCGCAGUCACCACCGUCAACGAGCAUACCAUCGCGUUUAUCGGAACCAGUGAUGGCUACCUUAAGAAAGUGGUGCUCAAGUCAGCUGAGCGUGGCCAUGAGUAUGAGGAGAUUCUGGUAGAUGCCAACAGCGCCAUUGCACAGGAUAUAGCCUUUGACCCGAAGGCUGAAUACAUCUAUGUUAUGACAGAGACAAACGUGACGAGGCUGAAAGUGCAGAACUGUCUGAGGUUCGGAAGUUGCAGUGACUGUCUCUCGGAUGGGGAUCCAUACUGUGGAUGGUGCUCACUGGAGAAAAAAUGUGUACUGAGAAGCAGCUGUCCGAACUCCGAGGAUCCAUCGAUGGCAAGAUGGCUGCAUGGUCGGGCCAAUCAGUGCAUCUACAUCACAGAGAUCUCCCCCAAAACUGUCUCAGUCACAAAAGUGGAAGAGCUGCAUCUGACCAUCCCACAGCUGCCGAUGACCAGCACCUACAGCUGUGUGUUCCAGCAACUCAGCUGGAGCUCCAAGGCAGAGUUCUGGUACUUUGGCGCCAAGUGCAUGACGCCCAACUUCACCGAUCUGGGACUGUCACUCGGAGACAAAGCCUCCCAAACUGUCACUCUGGCCCUCAACUCCAGCGAGACCGGAAAACUCUUUGUCACCAGGAAGUUCACCUUCUACAAUUGCAGCAACUUCAAGACGUGCUCGUCCUGUGCAAGUUCCCCGUAUGUGUGCGACUGGUGUAUCUAUGAGAACUCCUGUCACCACAACACCCUCCAGUGUCAACAGGGCAUCAUCCGGUCACAGGCAAGCACCUUGCCAGGUAAGCGCGGGGCUGUCCAUUGCCCACGGAUUGAAACCAAGGUCACAGACAACAUCUAUCUGCCUGUUGGAGUCCGCAGGAAAGUGCUUCUCAAGGGAUACAACUUCCCACGCCUCGGGUCAACGUUUGGUAACUAUGUGUGCGAAGUGGACACAGGGUCUUACACAUACAAGGCAGCGGCUGAGAGACUGGACGAUACCCACAUCACAUGCGACAUGCCAAAGAUUGAGUAUGACCAGGCCCAGGGUAAGCUUGAAGCCCUCAUGAAGGUCUACUGGGGCAACAAGUUCUACCUGGAGACAACGACACCCCUCAUAGCCACGGUGUACAAGUGUGACGUGUUGGCCAACUACGAGUGUGGACUCUGCCUCAACCUCAACUACACGUGGGCGGCGCUGGAAUGUAUGUGGUGCGACAACACCUGCAAGUACAGCCCCAACUGUAACUCACGAUCAGUGUCCUCCUGUCCAGCGCCAGAAAUAACUCGGGUAUUUCCGUUAUCGGGGCCCAUACAAGGUGGAACAAACGUUACCAUCGAGGGAAGCAAUCUUGGCUCCACGUUUGAAGAUAUUGAGAAUUCUGUAUUCAUCGCAAGUGUCAAAUGUAUGCCAUACCGCCAUCUCUACUCUCCAUCAAAGAGAAUCGUGUGUCGUGCCGAUUGGCGAGGUCAGGUUGCUGAGGGUCAUGUGACAGUGAAGAUCGGUGGCUCUGAAGCACAGUACGGCAAAGCUACGUUUCACUAUCAGAGUCCCCACCUGGAGUCCAUCUAUCCAGUGAAUGGUCCGAAAGCAGGGGGGUCCCGGAUUACUAUAUCUGGACGUAACCUCAACACUGGCGGACAUAUUGAAGCCGCCUUUGGAGAUGUUCCUUGUCUUGUGGAGAGCUCUAGUGUGACGGAGAGCUCCCUGGUGUGUGUUACGACCGGUGUGUGGGACGCCACGCCCAGAUCCCCCAUUAAGCUGUUCUACGAUGGAAGAGAGUUUCCUUUAAGUCGAGAUUUCUUCUACCGAGAGAACCCACUGAUUGAGAAAAUAUCCCCCCUCAAGAGCAUAGCCAGUGGUGGGCGUUACUUGACCGUCCUUGGACGCCAUUUCCGCUACAUCCAGAAGCCUCAGAUGUUUGCCUACAUCCCCACUGAAGAUGGAGAGUACUUCCCCACCAAAAGCACUGACUGCUUUAUCAAGCAUGGAUCCCAGAUGCAGUGCCCGACCCCAUCACUGCCUCGUCUUGUGCGUUACCAGGUGCGGCUGAAGCGUGACACAGAGCAGAAAGCUCCCCUGGUCGUGGAACUUGGCUUCAUCAUGGACGGCGUGCUGUCAGUCCGCAACCUCUCCGGCUCCGGGAUCGAUGCCCAGCUGGAGUAUUACCAAGACCCUCAAGUGUACAAUUUCACAGAGAAAGACAGGACGAAGAUCUUUAAGGGGGAGAUGCUGAUCAUUGAGGGUCAUCACCUGACAUUGGCAGCCAACAAGAAUGACGUGGUGGUUCUGAUUGGUCAGCAGCUGUGUAACGUGACCACCCUGUCCUCAAAUCAAAUCGUGUGUGCCCCACCCCCAAAACAACCCCCAGCCGUUAACGGGGAGAAUGGCAGAGAAUACCCUGAUGUCAUUGUGAAGGUCAAUAAUCUGAGUUUCAAUGUUGGCCGCGUGAGGUAUGAUGUUCCCGAACAGUACAGCUUCCCGAAGGAGGCUAUCGCCGGCAUCGCAGCCAGUGGCGGGUUCCUCCUCUUGAUCAUCAUCCUCAUCCUCAUCAUCUACAGACGACAGAGCACGAAGGCCGAACGCAUCUACCGCAAAUUACAGAUACAGCUUGAUAACCUUGAGAGCAACGUCCGUAAUGAGUGCAAACAAGCUUUUGCUGAGCUGCAAACCGACAUGACAGAUUUGACUGGUGACAUCAUAGCUAGCGGAAUACCGUUUUGGGAUUAUCACACCUACACCUUCAAGGUCCUGUUUCCUGGGAUGUCAGACCAUGUGAUACUUCACCCACCUCUGCAAAAGAAUGGCCGUAUCAAGUUCUCGGAUCAAGGCUUGGUGUUGUUCCAGCAGCUGCUCAGCAAGAAAGUGUUUCUGUUGACCUUCAUCCGGACCAUGGAGGACCAGAGAGGCUUCUCCAUCAGAGACAAAGUAAAUGUGGCGUCUCUGCUGAUGAUAAUCUACCAGGGCAACAUGGAGUAUGCUACAGAAAUUUUGAAAUGCCUGUUAGUAGAACUGGUGGAGAAGUCUGUGUCAGGUCGACAUCCCAAGCUAAUGCUGAGAAGGACGGAGUCGGUUGUAGAAAAGUUACUUAGCAACUGGAUGUCGCUCUGCCUGUACAAGUAUUUGAAGGAUCACGCAGGAUCUCCUCUGUUUAUGUUAUACAAAGCAAUAAAGCUGCAGGCAGAAAAGGGGCCAGUCGAUUACGUGACAGGAGACGCCAGAUACUCCCUGUCCGAGGAUAAACUGCUUAGAGAGAAAAUAGAGCCCAAAGUGAUGACACUAAACGUGGAGCACAAUGGCGAGAUCACCCAGUGCCGUGUCCUGGACUGUGAUACCAUAACCCAGGCCAAAGAAAAGAUGUUGGAUAUGCUGUGUAGAAAUAUUCCCUUCUCACAGCGGCCAUCUGUACAAGACUUAGAUCUAGAAUGGAGAAAUGGUCCCACUGGCCCUGUUCUGCUCCAAGAUGAGGAGUCUACCACUCCUUGUAAAGAUGGUUGGCGCCGCUAUAACAUGCUGUCAUAUUACAAAGUAACAGAUGGCGCUUACAUGUCUCUGCUGCACCGGCAACAAACCAUCAAGUCUUUGAAUGGUUCAUUAGAUAACUCUGUUAUGUCUGUGAAUUCAGCCUUCCCAAUCAUGAAGAUGGACAGCGACCCUGGCAUUCGUCACUGGCAUCUCGCCAAGCAUGAUGAUGCUACACAGAAAGAUGGGGGGGUCAAAAUGAUAUCUGAAAUCUUCCUUACCAGACUUUUAUCCACGAAGGGAACACUACAAAAGUACAUUGAUGAUUUAUUCAAGGCGAUGUUGAGUACAAAUCAUACGAUGCCGCCGAUCAUCAAGUACUUGUUCGACUUCCUGGACCAGUCGGCGUCACAUUACGGGCUGACUGAUCCCGAUGUUGUACACACGUGGAAAUGCAACAGCUUGCCUUUGAGGUUCUGGGUGAACAUUGUGAAGAACCCCGACUUCGUGUUUGACAUCAACAAGCCCCAUAUCGUGGACUCGUGUCUCUCAGUGGUGGCCCAGACGUUCAUGGAUAGCUGUUCCACCUCAGAACACAGACUGGGCAAGGAUUCUCCAUCCAACAAGCUGCUGUUUGCCAAAGAUAUCGUCCACUACCGCAAGUCUGUGGAGAAAUACUUCCAGGACAUCCGGAUUCAGCAGGCAGUCAGUGAUCAGGACAUGAACUCCUUCCUGGCUGAGGUGUCUAGGAUGUGUACAGGGAAGUUCUAUAUAUCUAGUGCUUUGAGGGAGUUGUAUACUUAUGUGUCCAAGUAUCAUUCAGAGAUCUUAAAUGCUCUGGAUGUGGAUAACCAAGCAAGUGCUCAGCAGCUGUCAAUGAGACUGGAGCAGGUCAUCACUAAUAUGGAGGGGCCAUCCAACAAAACUGCGUACGUGUGAUACCCACACACGCACACACAUGCACACACUCUAGUCCGUCUUCUUGUGCUGGCCUGUUCUGCUCCUCUUACUGGACUGUAUUCCACAAUCUGAUUGCAGAUCCUUAUCAACAUGAUGAAGAUUAGUGUAGUGUUCGAGGAUGAUUGAGACAUUCGGUAACUAGAACCAGCAAAUCCGUUUGACGGAUUACUAUGAAUAUCUGUGAGUAUGUAAGGCUGACUGGGAUCUGUGUUUCAUACGGACAAUGGUAUGAGAAUUUCUGCGAUCCCAUAGGAUCAUUUCAAGGAGUAGUCUUUGCCGAAGGAUCUGAUAUAUCGAAAAUAUUUGCCAGUCAUUGAAAGAAUGAGUUUUCCAUGGUUUUCUGAAUCAACUAUCACUGUCACAGAGUGCGGAAUCACCUAGAACGGGACUAAUAUUGCUCCUUCAUCUGUGAUGUAGCUUCAUCGUGGGAUCAGCGUAUUGUUGUGAGAUGAGAUGCUAGACCACGGCUAGCUUUAGAGACUUAUGACGGAACUAACUUACUGGCUGAUUUGUGAUGGUGCUAUGAUAUUGCCACGCUCCUGACCAAAUGUCUUUCAAUUUUUUUUUUCGCCUGGAUAAUAUUUCAACAUUGAGAUUAGGGGAUGCAGUUUUGGGGAAUUACAAGAGUGAAAGACACAGUCUUGCCUUCUGAGCCAAGUAGCCAUAGCCCCAUCAGUACCUUUUGUGGAUGAAGAACGUUCGUGUGUUGUAUAUUCGCUGUCAUGAGUGAAUCCUGUUUCUACAACAACAAGGUGCUACUUGGAGCCUGCCUGGAGAUUUGACAACAAAAUGGCUGCCUCUCAUCUUCGUGGUUCUUUAAAUCACAGGUGCUUCUGAAGGAAACAGUAAUGGCUCUGGUAGUCCUGUAGAAUCCUCUCUUCUGUGCAGGUGUUCCUUCUGGAGAUGACGCUGUCAGAUGGUUACAGCCAAUGUUCAAGACUUGCAGGAACAAACAUACCCAUGGCCAUUCCAUCUUUUCUACAAUCUGCUCUGAGGAAAGGAUGGACUAUGGCCGAUUUUGAUGACUGUAAAACAGUAGUGUAAUGAUCAUAUCACUUUAACAUUGACUGUGUGGUGAGAUUGUAGACAAUCAUUGUAGACCCCUGUGUAGAGGAUAUCGCAAGUUCAAGACAUAUAGGUGAACAUAUGCUGAGUGGAAGGGACGUACAAGUUUUGUAAUAUUUGUGUGACCUUCAGCUACCAUUGUGAACUAGGCAGUGGUAGAAAGACAGCUUCAUAUAACUAACUUUUGUCUGACUGUCUGGACGUAAUAUUACAAUCUUCAACCAAGAUGAGAUGGCAGUGAUUACUAGGAUUUGUUGUCAGUAUUGGCUGGCUCAAUGGUUAAAGUAUUGGCUCCAUGCAAAGUUUAAGGGUUUGAUUUCAAACUUGAAACAAAUCUGUUUCAAUCAAGUAAAAUCCUUUGGGUUUUGAUUUGUCAUUUUGAUUCUUGACCUUUUCUGAAUUUUUGGUUUGUUAAGUCUGUAAACAAGGAAAAAACGAAAACUCUAUGAUCAAUUAUGAUAGUGUAAUAUUUACUACGCACAAGUUUAUAUUCAUAAAACUUACAUCUGUCUUCUGGAUCAAUAGUAUAAAACACAUGCAGACUGAAAUGACUGUUUGUUGAGACUAUUUAAGGCCAUGAAAAUGAUCUUGUAUUGUCUUUGAAUCCUGAUUCUGUUGUUCUUGUCCAAGAACUACCAUCCCAUCUUUGAUGAAGAGUUCUGACCAAAGUCUCUUUGACACUGCUAGAGCAAUAUGUCAAUGUAUAUCCAACAGAACAGCCACCACAAGUAGCAUCAUCAAGACCUCGUCUUCAUCACUUUAUGCAACAAUGCCGACAUUCCCAAAGGUGCCCUAGCAAGUGACUGGCGGAGACGUCAGGUUAAGACAGUGUGACAUCAUAACCACUUGUAUUCUUGUAUCUAUGCAUGUAGACUUGUAGUUCACAUCUAGGCACCAUUGGCUCCAUUGUUCUGGGUUAGCAGGAACCAGUUGCACAGCAAGUCUCCGAGAGAUCCACUGGAUUGGUCACACUAUGAAUCAUUAUAUUGCUUUACUAAUCAGUUUGUUGCUCUGUUAUAUGGAAUCUGAGAUACUACCGACCUGCUUGUUAAUCAAAACAAGACUUUGUUAUUUCAUGAUUGGUACUUUUUGCACAAUUAACUGCUGUAUAAUUUAGCCUGUACACUAGUGGCCGUGUUCUCCCUUCAAUGUCACUUUGAAAACUAUUUUACUUAAUACUGAAUCCACAGUGUAGGGAUUCAUAUGUAAGUACAUUUCCCCCUCUUUGAAAUGAAUGGUUACACUUGUUAAAAAUUUGAAUGAAAUUUAAAAUUUGUUGCAAAUGUUGCAUUAAGGGAGAGCCUGCUUGUUCCACCACCAUGAGAUUAUGCACUGUAUUGUUGAGCUAUCUCCCCAAAGACUUAUGCAAAUGACCAGUAUUAUCUGCAUACUCCCCAGCUCAAAGUCCCCCACUUCUGGAACUGUGGCAAAUCUUGCCAGGCAUGUGUCACAUUUAGAACCAGUUUACCAUUUCCUUUUGUUAUUGCUAACAAACAUUUCAAAUUCGGCUUUUUCCUGUUUGAAGAUACAGUGGUGCUGUUUAGACUGACAUCUGUGUGUUUAGUGGUGGGAUAGCCUGAUGGUGAUCAUACCAAAAGUCUGGGUUUGAAUCCCGCAUGGGUAAAAUUUGAGGAGAUUUUCUGAUAGAGCAGAACAUGCUUACUUUAUUCAUGAACACCAGGGCCCUUAUUCUCGAAACGUUCGUAGCCCUAAGAAUUCUUAACUUUGAUCGUAGCCAAUGUGUUAAGAAUGGACUUAAGAAGUUGAUAGAGUUACGAACGUUUCAAGAAUAGCUGGCCUGGUGUUGUCACUGAUGUUCAGUGAUCUGGUAAGUUUCUCCACCAUUUUUGCUUUAUGCUCAAAGGAAUCUUAAUUUGUUACAUAACGAAGACAGACUGAUCUCAGGUGUAAGUGUUUUGAAUUCUACACAAACAGAUGUCAGUUUACUGCCUCAGCUGUAGACAGCAUUACAUAUGACAGCUGGUCAAAGAUCCAUAUCAGUUAAGACUGCCAUGAGAAGGUUAGCCCCAGUUCCUGAAGGAGCAUUGUAUACUUAUAUAUACAUAUACAUAUAUAUAUUUUGUAUAUUCUCAUGGAACCAUCUGUAUAUGCCCAUUAUGACUUGCCUAAAUCUUGUAAAUACCACUAAUCCGUCAUAACUUUACUGUUACUAAGCAACAUUUUUAUCAUUAAAAUUUGCCCUUUUGUAUUGGAAUUUCUGAAUCUAUCUUGUACAUUUUGCUCUGAGUGUAAAACUCUGUACAGCCAACUUACUCUGACAAAAUGUGCUUUGUUCAAGAAAUGAGAAAAACGUCAGAAAUCUUUAAGCGUGUUUAUGUGUUAUUUAUUACUAUUUUCAUAAUAACUAGAGGACCAUUGGAUUAAUUUAUGUCAUUAAAUUAAUUUCUUUAAUGAUUAUGUUGGUUUAAUUUAAUUAUCAAAUGUCAGAUUUAAGAUUAUUUACUUCGCUACUGACAUUGGUGUAAACAUGGUGUUUCAUAUUCUCAUUGCCAUAACCAAUGUUGAAUGUUGUCACGGUAUUCUGAGUUUGAUUCUUAUUUAUUAACCAGCCAAAUUCAGAUAGGGAGUUUUACCCUAAAAAGAGUCCCCUGUUUGAGUUUUUGUUCUCAAAUCAGAGUGUGUAUUUGCAUAUAUUUUGUCAGAUAUAUUGAGAUUUUUGUUAUAUCUAACCAAAGGAUCUUGAAAGCCUCCGAUAUUAGUGCUUUUUAAAAAGGAUUUGCAUUGAGAAGAUUCUCCUAAUAUAACUUUGCUAUCACAGCAUGUAUUGAAAUGUAUGUUUUCUUUGAAACUGCAUCUUUUGUAUGUUGAGAUGGUUUUACCAUAUUUGAAGGUUCAUUCCAUAGUGUACUGAUGACAUGUAUGCUAAGAUGUUAGCUUGCUGUAUAUGUGUUGAGGGUUGGUCAAGAGAGUCUGGCUCUCAUGGACUUCCAUUGUCAAUAAAUAAUUCAUUUUGUACAAAUUAA